AUGUUGGCCCACAGUUUCCUGCAUGACGGACCCAACAUCAAAGGAUUAAGUCCUGCUGUAAUUCAUGUACUGUUCAAUGGAGACCCUGAAACGGCAACAGUUGUUACUGAAGACUGUCCUGAUCUGCACAUCAAGAGUAUCAUUCAACUGCUUGAACAUGAAGAACUUACACCAGAACAGAAGAACACUGUGUCAGAACUCUCCAUGUCUUGGGAUCUCCCAGCUGUCACAAAAACAAAUCGGAGAUGGCUGCAUAGCAAACUUCUAAUUCAUUCAGUGAUUGGGAGGACUAUGCGCCAAAUUCAACAGUUGAGAAAGGGACUGAAAGAUGUUAUGCUAUGGCCCUUGCUGACAUCUAGGCCAGAUAUUGUCCCACUUCUUUUCCCCAAAAUGGCUGAAAUACAGUUUACACCCCAGAUGCUCCUGGAAAGAAUCAUAUGGCCGGUUGAGGACAGUGAUGAAGACUUUGACAUAGAGUCCAUAUGCCGCAUCACUGGCUUUUUAAGAAUGUUCAUUGAAACUGCUUCAUCAGACACACUGGCCCAGCUGCUGACAUUCUGGGUUGGCUGGGAGAGGCUUCCUUCUGAACUAAAAGUGGAGGUUUCUGUGGGAAACUUUCCUACGUCUGCCACAUGCUUUGAAACACUAAAGCUGCCUGCUCAUUUCAAAAUCUACACUGAAUUUGAGGAAGCGCUUCUGGCUGCCAUAAAUAGUGCUCGGACUGGAUUUGGACUUGUUUAG